AUGGACCAGGCUUAUGUUCGCUCAACUUCAGAGGUGUUGAAGUAUUUCAACGUGUCUGAAGAAACCGGUCUGUCAUCUGCGCAAGUUGCGGAAGCCAGGAGGCAAUAUGGAAGAAACUCGCUUCCUGAAGACCCUCCCACUCCCCUUUGGCAACUUGUCCUGGAGCAGUUUAAAGACCAGUUGGUUCUUAUAUUGCUUGGAUCGGCAGCCAUCUCGUUUGUACUUGCCUUGUUCGAAGAGUCAGAUGACUGGACGGCAUUCGUGGAUCCAGUAGUGAUCUUGACCAUUCUUAUUCUGAAUGCGAUCGUUGGUGUUACGCAGGAAAGUAGCGCGGAAAAGGCCAUUGCAGCCCUACAAGAAUACUCUGCGAACGAAGCAAAGGUUAUUCGCGAUGGAAAAGUCCAAAAAAUCAAGGCGGAAGAGCUGGUGCCGGGAGAUAUUGUCACAGUCUCUAUUGGAGAUCGUAUCCCAGCCGACUGUCGGUUACUUUCAAUACAGAGCAACAGUUUCGCAGUUGACCAAGCCAUCUUGACUGGCGAAAGCGAAAGCGUAAGCAAGGACUGCAAAGUCGUGAAUGACCCGCAAGCUGUGAAACAAGACCAAGUCAAUAUGCUUUUCUCUGGCACAACCGUGGUCACCGGACACGCAACCGCAGUUGUUGUGUUGACAGGCAGUUCUACUGCCAUUGGCGACAUCCAUGAAAGCAUUACAUCUCAGAUCUCAGAGCCGACACCGCUGAAGGAAAAACUGAACGAUUUCGGUGACAGCCUCGCCAAAGUCAUCACUGUCAUUUGCAUUCUAGUCUGGCUCAUCAACAUUCGACACUUCAACGAUCCAUCGCACGGCGGCAGCUGGGCGAAGGGUGCGAUAUACUACUUGAAGAUAGCCGUCUCCCUCGGGGUUGCAGCAAUUCCAGAAGGUCUUGCUGUAGUCAUCACAACAUGUCUAGCUUUAGGAACCAGGCGCAUGGCGGCUAAGAACGCCAUAGUCAGAAGCCUGCCAUCUGUGGAAACCCUGGGAAGCUGUAGCGUCAUUUGCUCCGACAAGACCGGUACCUUGACCACCAACCAGAUGAGUGUGGAAAAGAUUGUUUACCUGGAUGAAUCUGGCGUUGAUCUGGACGAGAUUGAGGUGGAAGGCACCACCUUUGCCCCCUACGGAAACCUCCUCUAUAAAGGGAAGAAGCUCGAAAACGCCGCCGCUACCUCCAAUACCCUGAAGCAGAUAUCGGAGGUUCUCGCAUUAUGCAAUGAUUCCAGCUUGUCGUAUGAUGCCAAAACCAACACAUUCUCAAGCAUUGGCGAACCGACCGAAGGGGCCCUCCGAGUUCUCGUGGAGAAGAUUGGGACAGACGACAUCUCGAAAAAUGAGGCCAUGAAAAGUCUUACAGGAGCCCAACGAGUGAAUUUCGCCAGCCGGUAUUAUGAGGGAAAAUUGCCCGUUCAAGCCAUGUACGAGUUUUCAAGAGAUCGCAAGAGCAUGUCCGUGCUUGCUGGUACUGGCGAAGGACAGAAGCUACUGGUCAAAGGAGCUCCUGAAUCAAUCCUGGAGAGAUGUUCGCACAUCGUGGUUGGUCCAAACGGAAAGAAAGUGCCCAUCACCAAGAAACACCUCGCGCUCCUCGGAGAAGAAGUCGUUGGCUAUGGCCGGAAAGGACUUCGAGUGUUGGCUCUGGCCAGUGUUGAAAACAUCCAUGGUAACCCCUUAUUGGAAACCGCAAAGACCACCAAAGAGUAUGCCAAAUUAGAACAAGGCAUGACCCUGAUCGGCCUUGUUGGCAUGCUUGACCCGCCUCGUCCUGAAGUUGCAGAAUCCAUCCGAAAGUGCCGAGAUGCUGGAAUCAGGGUGAUUGUCAUCACUGGCGACAACCAAAAUACGGCAGAGACGAUUUGCAAACAGAUUGGGGUUUUCGGACCGGAUGAAGAUCUCACUGGAAAGAGUUACACAGGACGUCAAUUCGAUUCACUGAGCGAGAACGAGAAAUUGCAGGCCGCCAAGAGAGCGUCUCUGUUUUCCCGCGUCGAGCCAUCCCACAAAUCCAAGCUGGUUGACUUGUUGCAAGCGGCCGGCGAGGUAGUGGCCAUGACUGGUGAUGGCGUCAAUGAUGCUCCUGCGUUGAAGAAGGCCGAUAUAGGGGUAGCCAUGGGGUCGGGAACCGACGUCGCCAAGUUGGCAGCCGACAUGGUUCUUGCAGACGACAAUUUCGCCACGAUUGAGAUCGCCAUCGAAGAAGGCCGGACGAUAUACAGCAACACUCAGCAGUUCAUCCGCUACCUCAUCUCGUCCAACAUUGGCGAAGUCGUGUCCAUCUUUUUGACCGCUGCCCUCGGGCUUCCGGAGGCCUUGAUCCCUGUCCAACUGCUCUGGGUGAACCUCGUUACCGAUGGUCUCCCAGCCACGGCACUCUCAUUCAACCCGGCUGACCACGAUGUUAUGCGACGCACGCCCCGGAAACGAGAUGAACCGUUGGUCAGUGGCUGGCUCUUCUUCCGAUAUAUGGUGAUCGGCACAUACGUGGGUGCCGCCACGGUGUUCGGCUACGUUUGGUGGUUCAUGUUCUAUGAGGCCGGCCCCAAGAUCUCGUUCAACCAGCUGCGCAGUUUCCACAAAUGCUCGACCUUCAAUCCACUCUUCAUGGAUCUCGAUUGCUCGAUCUUCUCUCCCAACUCGGUGUACACGCGGACUGCCUCGACCAUGUCGCUUUCGAUUCUGGUUGUGAUUGAAAUGUUCAACGCCAUGAACGCACUCUCUUCCUCGGAAUCUCUCCUCACCAUGCCUCUGUGGAAGAAUAUGAAGCUGAUCUACGCCAUCUGUCUAUCCAUGGCACUCCAUUUCGCCAUUCUCUAUACUCCCUUCCUUCAGACAUUGUUCUCCAUUGAACCCCUGAAUUACACCGAGUGGAUGGCGGUGCUUUGGAUCUCUGCACCAGUCAUAUUGAUCGAUGAAGUCCUGAAGUUUGUGGAAAGGUUGGUGUUCUUGACCACCACCGACUCAUCGAGGGGUACGUCACUCCAAGGCAAAGAGGAGAGCAAUGGACACGUUGCCAACGGGAAAGUCAAGGCAAGCUAG